AUGAACUCGUCCGUUCUUCCCAAGGCAGCCCUCCCGGCUCGCCACUUCUCUCCCGCGCAAAUAUGUCGUCGUCAGAGGUUUAGAGCCUGUGCCGGAAGAAAGGCUUCUGCUGCUGGCUUUACUGUAGUUGCUAGGCCUCGCACAAGCCGCUCAACCACACCCACCACUUCUCCCACAAGGCCUGUCUCGAAGCCAAGGACCUUCCACACCACCAACCACCUGCUUGCUACACCUCGCGACCCCUACGGCGUACUGGGUGUUGACCGGAGCGCCUCCCAAUCCGAUAUCAAAAAGGCCUACUACGGCCUGGCCAAGAAGUACCACCCCGAUACGAACAAGGACCCCAACGCCAAGGACAAGUUCGCCGAGAUCCAGUCCGCCUACGAAAUCCUAUCCGAUCCCGAGAAGAGGAAGCAGUUCGACCAGUUCGGCGCUGCUGGCUUUGAAGCAGGCGGCCACCCUGGCCCUGGUGGUGAACCGUUUGGCGGCGGGCACCCCUUUGGCGGCUUCGGCGGACGCGGUGGAUUCGGCGCAAACAUCAACCUCGAUGAUCUCUUCUCAGCAUUUACCGGCGGCGGCCGUGGUCCCUUUGGCGGCGGCGGCGGUCGGGGUCCGUUCCAGCCCGAGAUUUUCGAGGGUGACGAUAUCGAGGUGCAGGUGCAGGUGUCGUUCAUGGAGGCGGCCAAGGGAACCAAAAAGACGAUUACGAUCCUGCCUCUGAAGCAGUGCGGCACAUGUAGCGGUAGCGGUUUGAAGAAGGGCACUCAAAGGUCCACGUGCAAGUCGUGCGGCGGUUCCGGUCAAAAGGUCGUCACGGUCAUGGGCGGUUUCCAGAUGGGCACCGUCUGCAACGCCUGCAACGGCAGCGGCACGGUGACGCCCAAGGGUUCCGAGUGCUCGACCUGCUCGGGCGACGGUGUGGUGAGGGAGCGCAAGACCUUGGUGGUGGAUAUCCCCGGCGGUAUCGAGGACGGCAUGAAGCUACGCAUCAGCGGCGAGGGCGACGCGCCCCCAUUAGGCAGACAGUCGAACCCCAACGCCCAAGGCACCCAGGGCGACCUGUAUGUCCACGUCCGGGUUGCGCCCGACCCCAAGUUCCAGCGUCACGGCUCCGACAUCCUCUACACGGCAACGAUACCGCUCACCACAGCCAUCCUCGGCGGCGAAGUCACCAUCCCCACGCUCGAGGGCGACGCCAAGGUCCGUGUCGCCACUGGCACCAACACGGGCGACAAGAUGACCAUGGCGGGCAAGGGCAUGCCCAAGCUCAAGGGCCGUCGCGGAGCCAAGGGCGAUCUGCGGGUCGAGUUCCGCGUCAACAUGCCCAAGUAUCUGAGCCCCAACCAGCGCACAAUCAUCGAGAUGCUAGCGGACGAGAUGGGCGACAAGACGGCCAAGCGCGUUAUGGACAUUCACAGGACGUCGUCGACGUGA